CGGAAAAAGGAGAGGAGCUCCGGAGAUCUCGGAGCCCAUUUUCUCUAAAACGCCGCUAAUCUUCCCUUCUACGCCAUUAACUGUCCGAUUAAGGUUAUAUUCAUAGAGACGAUACAGUUGAUUUCUGAAAACCAUGGCAUUGGCAAGGAUAGCAAGGACUGGCCUAAGGCGCUCUGGAGGCACCGUUGGCCCUUACACAACUGACCACUGUAGUCUCUCCACACAAACAAACCCUUCGUCAAUAAUUGGGAGUGUCACUCCAAAUGGAAACAUGGAUCAUCUCUCAACACCUAAAAAGGUGAACCAAACAAGUCUUGAGAGCACAGGCAUGAGGUUUGCCCCUCAGUACCGGUUUUCACAUUCACAAGCACAAAGGGUGCAGCCACUUGAUUUGCAAUCUGAGAGUCCGAAGUACCCCACAUUGGAAGCUACAAAACCGGGUGAGAAGCCUAGAGUGGUUGUGCUCGGUUCGGGUUGGGCAGCUUGUAGAUUCCUUAAAGGGCUCGACACGACUGUGUACGAUGUUGUUUGCAUCUCACCUAGGAACCACAUGGUCUUCACCCCUUUGCUUGCUUCAACUUGUGUUGGGACCCUUGAGUUCAGAACGGUUGCUGAACCAGUUAGUCAGAUACAGACUGCAUUGGCAAAAGACCCCAAUUCAUAUUUCUUUCUUGCCAAUUGCACUAGCAUUGACACCGAAAAACACGAGGUUCUGUGUGAAACGAUUGGUAACGGUGGACAAAUUCGGGAGCCUUAUCAGUUUAAAGUUGCUUACGACAAGCUUGUGAUUGCUUCUGGGGCUGAGCCUUUGACCUUUGGUAUAAAGGGUGUUAAGGAACACGCCUUUUUUCUCCGUGAAGUUAAUCAUGCUCAAGAGAUCAGGAAAAAGCUUCUCUUGAACCUCAUGCUUUCUGAAAAUCCAGGUGUAUCUGAAGAAGAGAAGGAGCAGCUUUUACAUUGUGUUGUCAUUGGAGGAGGGCCCACUGGGGUUGAAUUCAGUGGCGAGUUGAGCGAUUUUAUUAUGAGAGAUGUUCGCCAAAGAUACGCACACGUUAAAAACUAUAUACGUGUUACCCUUAUAGAGGCAAAUGAGAUUUUAUCCUCAUUUGAUGUGGGAUUAAGAGAAUAUGCAACAAAACAUUUGACCAAGGUUGGGGUGCGCCUUGUACGCGGUGUUGUGAAAGAGGUACAUCCUAAGAAAAUAAUUCUAAGUGAUGGAAGUGAAGUUCCCUAUGGGCUCCUAGUUUGGUCUACCGGAGUUGGGCCAUCUGAAUUUGUAAAAUCUCUACAUCUCCCAAAGUCCCCUGGUGGAAGAGUUGGCGUGGAUGAAUGGCUGCGGGUCCCAUCGGUGGAAGACGUUUUUGCACUUGGCGAUUGUGCUGGUUUUCUUGAACAGACCGGGAAACCGGUCCUGCCUGCCCUUGCUCAGGUUGCAGAAAGACAAGGGAAGUACCUUGUUGAGCAGUUCAACAGAAUUGGAAAGAAAACUGGGGGAAAAGCCUUAUCUGCAAAAGACAUACCUUUGGGAGACCCUUUUGUGUACAAUCACCUCGGAAGCAUGGCUUCCGUGGGGCGCUACAAGGCCCUUGUCGACUUGCGCCAGUCCAAGGGCUCCCAAGGUAUAUCAAUGGCGGGUUUCUUGAGCUGGUUUAUAUGGCGUUCGGCAUACUUGACGCGGGUGAUCAGCUGGAGGAACAGGUUUUAUGUGGCUGUGAAUUGGGCAACGACACUUGUCUUCGGCAGAGACAACUCAAGAAUAUGACCCCAGCAAGCCUCAAAAACUAGGAUUCUGCUUCCAAUUUUUUUCUAGUAUCAUUUUCUUUGUUGUUUUUUUCUUCAAAUAAGGUUAGAGAUACUGUGCUAUUGUUUUAUGCUCGUAAUUUUUGAUGAUUUAUUGAUUUAGAGUUUUGACCUAUGGAUAAAGGCAUAAAUGCGAAUUCAUGUU